AUGACUGUUGCUAUGCUAGCUUUUGCUGCUGUCUUGCUCCAAGGUGCGACUUGUGAGGAGCCCGCAGAAGAGACCAUCCCCUCCUCUGCUUGGCGCUUCACACACUCCCAUUACAAUGCCACCAUCUAUGAAAACUCCGCCCCCAAGACCUACGUGGAGAGCGCCGAGAAGAUGGGCAUCUACCUCGCAGAGCCCCAGUGGGCUGCGAGGUACCGGAUCAUCUCCGGGGAUGUGGCCAACGUGUUUAAGGCCGAGGAGCACGUGGUGGGCAACUUCUGCUUCCUGAGAAUAAGGACCAAGAACAGCAACACGGCUCUCCUGAACAGGGAGGUGCAAGACAGCUACACUCUCAUCGUCCAGGCCACAGAGAAGACCUCAGAGCUGGAGGCUCUGACCCGCGUGGUGGUCCACAUCCUGGACCAGAACGACCUGAAGCCACUCUUCUCCCCUCCCUCCUACAGAGUCACCAUCUCUGGGGACAUGCCCCUCAAGAGCCCCAUCUGCAAGGUGACUGCCACAGAUGCCGACCUGGGCCAGAACGCGGAGUUCUAUUAUGCUUUAAACACGCGGUCCGAGAUGUUUGCCAUCCAUCCCACCAGCGGCGUGGUCACCGUGGCGGGCAAGCUCAAUGUCACCUGGCGGGGGAAGUACGAGCUCCAGGUGCUAGCCGUGGACCGCAUGCGGAAGAUCUCCGAGGGCAAUGGGUUUGGCAACUUAGCUGCACUCGUCAUCCACGUGGAGCCCGCCCCCAGGAAGCCCCCGGUCAUCACCUCAGUGGUGGUGACUCUGCCAGACAGCAACGACAGUACCACUUAUGCCACUGUCGUGGUCGAUGCUAGCAGCUCAGGAACUGAAGUGGACUCGGUGGAAGUUGUUGGUGGUGACCCUGGAAAGCACUUCAAAGCCAUCAAGUCCUAUGCCCGGAGCAGUGAGUUCAGCUUGGUGUCUGUCAAAGACAUCAACUGGAUGGAGUAUCCACAUGGGUUCAACCUCAGUCUCCAGGCCAGGAGUGGGCAUGGCUCUUCUUUCUACUCACAGAUCAGGGGCUUUCACCUACCCGCUUCCAAACUGGCUUCCCUCAGAUUCGAGAAGGCUGUUUACAGGGUGCAGCUGAGUGAGUUUUCCCCUCCCGGCAGCCGCGUGGUGAUGGUGGGAGUCACGCCAGCCAUCCCCAACCUGCAGUAUGUUCUAAAGCCAUCCUCAGAGAGUGCGGGGUUUAAGCUUAAUGCCCACAGUGGGUUGAUCACCACCACCAAGCUCAUGGACUUCCAUGACAGAGCCCGUUAUGAGCUGCACGUCAGGACUUCUCUGGGCCUGGUCUCUACCAUAGUGGUCAUUGACAUCGUAGACUGUAACAACCAUGCCCCUACCUUCAACAUGUCUUCUUAUGAUGGCACCUUGGAUGAGAACAUCCCUCCGGGCACCAGUGUACUGGCUGUGACUGCCACUGACCGAGAUCAUGGGGAGAACGGAUAUGUCACCUAUUCCAUUGCUGGGCCCAAAACAUUGCCAUUUUCCAUCGACCCUUACCUGGGCAUUAUCUCUACCUCCAAACCCUUGGACUAUGAGCUCAUGAAAAGAAUCUAUACCUUCCGGGUACGAGCAUCCGACUGGGGAUCCCCUUUUCGCCGGGAGAAGGAAGUGUCCGUUUCUCUUCAGCUCAAGAACUUGAAUGACAACCAACCUAUGUUUGAGGAAGUCAACUGCACUGGAUCUCUCCACCAAGACUGGCCAGUGGGGACAUCUGUCACGACCGUGUCCGCCAUAGACGUGGAUGAGCUUCAGAACCUAAGAUACGAGAUUGUGUCAGGCAAUGAACUAGACUAUUUCGAUCUAAAUCACUUCUCCGGAGUGAUAUCCCUCAGACGCUCUUUUAUGAAUCUUAGUGCCGGUCAACCCACCAGUUAUUCCCUGAAAAUCACAGCCUCGGAUGGCAAGCACUACGCCUCACCCACAACUCUGAAUAUCACUGUGGUGAAGGACCCUCGUUUGGAAGUUCCUGUAACAUGUGACAAAACCGGGGUGUUGACACAGUUCACAAAGACCAUCCUUCACUCCCUCGGGCUGCAGAGCCAGGAGUCCAGCGAUGAGGAGUUCACUUCUCUAAGCAUGUAUCAGAUUAAUCAUCACACCCCCCAGUUUGAGGACCACUUCCCUCAGUCCAUUGACGUCCUGGAGCGGGUUCCUGUCAACACCCCCUUGGCCCGCCUAGCAGCCACUGACUCUGACACUGGCUUUAAUGGCAAGCUGGUCUACGUGGUCGCAGACGGCAACGAGGAGGGUCGCUUUGACAUAGACCUGGAAACAGGGAUGCUCAAGGUAGCGGCCCCCUUAGACUAUGAAGCCACCAAUUUCUACAUACUCAACGUAACAGUGUAUGACCUGGGCACCCCCCAGAAGUCCUCCUGGAAGCUUUUGACGGUGAACGUGAAGGACUGGAAUGACAACGCACCCAGGUUUCCUCCUGGUGGGUAUCACCUAACCAUCUCAGAGGAUACAGAAGUUGGGACCACAGUUGCGGAGCUGAAAACAAGAGACGCUGACUCAGAGGACAACGGGAGAGUUCGCUACACCCUGCUAAGCCCCACAGAGACGUUCUCCCUGCACCCACUCACUGGGGAACUGGUCGUCACAGGACACCUGGACCGGGAGUCGGAACCUCGAUAUGUACUCAAGAUGGAGGCCAGGGAUCAGCCCAAGAAGGGCCACCAGCUCUUUUCUGUCACUGACCUGAUCAUCAUGUUGGAAGAUGUCAAUGACAAUGCUCCCCAGUGUAUCACAGAGCUCAGCAGGCUGAAGGUCCCAGAGGACCUGCCCCCAGGAACGAUCUUGACCUUUCUGGAUGCCUCUGAUCCUGACCUGGGCCCUGGAGGGGAAGUGCGAUACGUCCUGUUGGACGACGUCCAUGGGACCUUCCGGGUGGACCUGGUGACCGGGGCGCUCAGUCUGGAGAGGGAACUGGACUUUGAGACACGGGCCGGGUACAAUCUGAGCUUAUGGGUCAGUGACAGUGGGAGGCCCCUGGCCCGUAGGACCCUCUGCCACGUGGAGGUGACAGUCCUGGAUGUGAAUGAGAACCUCCACCCUCCCCGCUUUUCCUCCUUCGUGCACCAGGGCCAGGUGCAGGAGAACAGCCCCCCAGGAACUCAAGUGAUGGGUGUGGCUGCCCAGGACGACGACAGCGGCUUGGAUGGGGAGUUCCACUACUUCCUGCGGGCUGGUACUGGGCUUGCCGCUUUCAGCAUCAACCAAGAUACAGGAAUGAUUCAGACUCUGGCGACCCUGGACCGAGAAUUUGCAUCCUGCUACUGGUUGACGGUACUGGCAGUGGACAGGGGUUCCGUGCCCCUCUCAUCAGUGACUGAAGUCUACAUUGAGGUUACUGAUGUCAAUGACAACCCACCCCAGAUGUCCAGAGCUGUGUUCUACCCCUCCAUCCUGGAGGACGCGCCCGUGGGUAGCUCCGUGCUUCAGCUGGAUGCCUGGGACCCAGACUCCAGCUCCCAAGGAAAGCUGACCUUCAACAUCACCAGUGGGAACCACAUGGGAUUCUUUAUCAUCCACCCUGAUACAGGUCUCCUCUCCACGGCCCGGCUGCUGGACAGAGAGAGCAAGGAUGAACACGUACUAGAGGUGACUGUGCUGGACAAUGGGGAGCCCCCGCUGAAGUCCACCUCCAGGGUGGUAGUACGCAUCUUGGACAUCAAUGACAAUCCACCGAUGUUCUCCCACAAGCUCUUCAAUGUCCGCCUGCCAGAGAGGCUGAGCCCAGUGUCCCUGGGGCCUGUGUACAGGCUGGUGGCUUCCGACCUGGAUGAGGGUGUUAAUGGCAGGGUCACCUACAGUAUCGAGGAGAGUGAUGAGGAGGGCUUCGGUAUUGAGCCAGUCACAGGCGUGGUGUCAUCCAGCAGCAUCUUCACAGCCGGGGAGUACAACAUCCUGACGAUCAAGGCCACCGACGGCGGGCAGCCAUCACUCUCCGCCAGUGUCCGGCUGCACAUCGAGUGGAUUCCCCGGCCCCGGCUGUCCUCUAUCCCCCUGGCCUUUGAUGAGACCCAGUACAGCUUCACGGUCAUGGAGACAGACCCUGUGAACCACAUGGUGGGGGUCAUCAGUGUGGAGGGCCGGCCUGGCCUCUUCUGGUUCAACAUCUCAGGGGGGGAUGAGGACCUGGACUUUGACAUUGAGAAGACCACAGGCAGCCUCAUCAUCGCCAGGCCUCUGGACACAAGGAGGAGGUCGCACUACAACCUGACCGUGGAGGUGACGGAUGGGUCCCACACCAUUGCCACCCAGGUCUGCAUCCUCCUGAUCGCCAACAUCAACCACCACCGGCCCCAGUUUCUGGAGGCUCAUUACGAGGUCAAAGUUCCCCAGGACACGCUGCCCGGGGUCGAGCUCCUCCGUGUCCAGGCCACAGAUGAAGACAAGGGCAAAGGCCUCAUCUACACCAUCCAUGGCAGCCAGGACCCGGGCAGCGCCAGCCUCUUCCAGCUGGACCCAAGCAGUGGAGUCCUGGUGACUGUGGGGAAGCUGGGCCUGGGGGCGGGGCCCUCCCGGCACACGUUGAUGGUCAUGGUCCGAGACCAGGAGAUUCCCAUCCAGAGGAACUUCGUGUGGGUGACCAUCCACGUGGAGGAUGAAAACCUCCACCCACCCCGCUUCACCCAGCUCCAUUAUGUGGCCAGUGUUCCUGACACCACAGCCCCUGGCACGGAGCUUCUGCAGGUUCGAGCCGUAGAUGCUGACCGGGGAGCCAAUGCUGAGGUCCACUACUCCCUCCUGAAAGGGAGCAGCAAAGAUUUCUUCAACAUCAAUACCCUACUAGGUAUUAUCACUCUAGCCCGGAAACUUGAUCAGACAAAUCACGCCCAGCAUACUCUGACAGUGAAGGCAGAAGAUCAAGGCUCCCCACAGUGGCAUGACCUGGCUACAGUGAUCAUUCAUGUCUAUCCCUCAGAUCGGAGUGUCCCCAUCUUUUCAAAAACUGAGUACUUUGUAGAGAUCCCCGAAUCGAUCCCUGUUGGUUCCCCAAUCCUUCUUGUCUCUGCUGCGAGCUCUUCUGAAGUUACCUAUGAGUUAAGAGAGGGUAACAAGCAUGGUGUCUUCUCUAUGAACUCAUAUUCUGGCCUCAUUUCUACCCAGAAGAACUUGGAUCAUGAGAAAAUCUCAUCUUACCAGCUGAAAAUCCGAGGCAGCAACAUGGCAGGCGCAUUUGCUGAUGUCGUGGUGCUUGUUGACAUAAUUGACGAAAAUGACAAUGCCCCCAUUUUCUUAAAAUCAACCUUUGUGGGCCAAAUUAGUGAAGCAGCUCCUCUGUACAGCAUGAUCAUGGAUAACCACAACAACCCCUUUGUGAUUCAUGCCUCCGACGGCGACAAGGAAGCUAAUUCCUUGUUGGUAUAUAAAAUUUUGGAGCCAGAGGCCUCAAAGUUUUUCAGAAUUGAUCCCAGCAUGGGAACCCUCACGAUCGUCUCAGAGAUGGAUUAUGAGAGCACACCCUCUUUCCAAUUCAGUGUCUAUGUCCAUGACCAAGGAAGCCCCAUCUUAUUUGCACCCAGGCCUGCCCAGGUCAUCAUCAAGGUCAGGGAUGUGAAUGACUCUCCUCCCAGGUUCUCAGAACAGAUAUACGAGGCGGCGCUAGUCGGACCUCUCCACCCAGGUAUGACGCUCCUUGUGGUGCAGGCCAACGAUGAUGACUCGGAAGUCAGUUACAGCAUCAGAACCGGCAAUGCGGAUGAUGCUGUCACCAUUCAUCCCAUCACUGGUCACCUCUCUGUGCUGAAUCCUGCUCUCCUGGGACCCUCUCGGAAGCUCACCAUCAGGGCUUCUGAUGGCUUAUAUCAAGACACCGCACUGGUUAAGAUUUAUUUGACCGAAGUCCUUGACAAAAGCUUACAGUUUGACCAGGAUGUUUAUUGGGCAGCAGUGAAGGAGAAUUUGCAGGACAGAAAGGCCCUGGUGAUUCUUGGCGCCCAGGGCAAUCUCUUGAAUGACACCCUUUCCUACUUCCUCUUGAACGGCACAGAUAUGUUUCGUAUGGUCCAGUCAGCAGGUGUGUUGCAGACAAAGGGGGUGGCGUUUGACCGCGAGCAGCAGGACAGCCACGAGCUAGCAGUGGAAGUGAGGGACAAUAGGACUCCUCAGAGGGUGGCCCAGGCUUCAGUCAGAGUCUCUGUUGAAGAUGUCAAUGACAGUCCCCCCAAAUUCACGCAUCUGCCCUAUUAUACAAUCAUCCAAGAUGGCACCGAGCCAGGGGAUGUCCUCUUUCAAGUAUCUGCCACUGACGAGGACUUGGGGACAAAUGGGGCCAUCACAUAUGCGUUUGCAGAAGAUUACACAUAUUUCCGAAUCGACCCUUAUCUUGGGGACAUAUCACUCAAGAAACCCUUUGAUUAUCAGACUUUAAAUAAGUAUCGCCUCAAAGUCAUUGCUCAGGAUGGAGGGACACCAUCCCUCCAGACUGUGGAAGAGGUACUUGUCACAGUGAGAAAUAAAUCCCACCCACUGUUUCAGAGUCCUUACUACAAAGUCAGGGUACCAGAAAAUAUCACACUGUAUACCCCAAUUCUCCACACCCAGGCCCGGAGUCCAGAGGGACUGCGACUCAUCUACAACAUUGUGGAGGAAGAGCCCUUGACACUGUUCACCACUGACUUCAAGACUGGCGUCCUAACAGUAACGGGCCCUUUGGACUACGAGUCCAAGACCAAACACGUGUUCACAGUCAGAGCCACAGACACAGCUCUGGGGUCAUUUUCUGAAGCCACCGUGGAAGUCCUGGUGGAGGACAUCAAUGACAACCCACCCACGUUCUCCCAAUUGGUCUAUACCACUUCGGUCUCAGAAGGCUUGCCUGCUCAGACUCCUGUGAUCCAGCUGUUGGCUUUUGACCAGGACUCCGGGCAGAACCAGGAUGUCUCUUAUCAGAUUGUGGAGGAUGGCUCGGAUGUUUCCAAAUUCUUCCAGAUCAAUGGGAGCACUGGGGAGCUGUCCACAGUUCAAGAGCUAGAUUAUGAAGCCCGACAACACUUUCGUGUGAAAGUCAGGGCCAUGGAUAAGGGAGAUCCCCCGCUCACUGGCGAAACCCUCGUGGUGGUCAAUGUGUCUGACGUUAAUGACAACCCCCCCGAGUUCAGACAACCACAAUAUGAAGCCAAUGUCAGUGAGCUGGCCACCUGUGGACACCUGGUUCUUAAAGUCCAAGCUCUUGACCCCGACAGUGGGGAUACCUCCCGCCUGGAGUACCUGAUUCUCUCUGGCAAUCAGGACAGGCACUUCUCCAUUAACAGCUCAACAGGAAUAAUUUCUAUGCUCAACCUUUGCAAAAAACACCUGGACUCUUCUUACAAUUUGAGAGUAGGUGCUUCUGACGGAGUCUUCCGAGCAACCGUGCCUGUGUAUAUCAACACCACAAAUGCCAACAAGUACAGCCCAGAGUUCCAGCAGCACCUUUAUGAGGCAGAAUUAGCAGAGAAUGCAAAGGUGGGAACCAAGGUGAUCGAGUUGUUAGCCAUAGACAAAGACAGCGGUCCCUAUGGCACUGUGGAUUAUACUAUCAUCAAUAAACUAGCAGAUGAGAAGUUCUCCAUAAACCCCAGGGGCCAGAUCACCACACUGCAGAAACUGGAUCGGGAAAAUUCGACAGAAAGGGUCAUUGCUAUUAAGGUCAUGGCUCGGGAUGGAGGGGGAAGAGUGGCCUUCUGCACGGUGAAGAUCAUCCUCACAGAUGAAAAUGACAACCCCCCACAGUUCAAAGCAUCUGAGUACAUCGUGUCCAUUCAAUCCAACGUCAGUAAAGACUACUCGGUUAUGCAGGUGCUGGCCUAUGAUGCAGAUGAAGGUCAGAAUGCAGAUGUCACCUACUCAGUGUAUGGGGAGAACCUGGCUGAAGGGGUAAUUAAGAUUCACCCAACCACCGGUGUGAUUAAGGUGAAGGGGAGCCUGGUAGGAUUGGAAAAUCGGACCAUUGACUGCAUCAUUAAAGCCCAGGAUGGGGGCCCUCCUCACUGGGACUCUCAGGUGCCUGUACGACUUCAGGUGGUCCCUCAUGAAGUUUCCUUGCCCAAAUUUUCUGAACCUCUGUAUACUUUCUCUGCAUCUGAAGACUUUCCAGAAGGGUCUGAAAUUGGAUCUGUUAAAGCAGUGACAGCUAAAGACCCAGUCAUCUACAGUCUAGUGCAGGGCACCACACCAGAGAGCAACAAGGAUGGGGUCUUCUCCUUGGAUCGAGACACAGGGGUCAUUAAGGUGAAGAAGCCCAUGGACCACGAGUCCACCAAACUGUACCAGAUCGACGUGAUGGCAUAUUGCCCACAUAAGACUGAGUUGAUGUCCUUGGUCUCAGUCAACAUCCAAGUGAAAGAUGUCAAUGACAAUAGUCCUGUAUUUGAGGCUGAUCCAUAUAAGGCCAUCCUCACUGAGAAUAUGCCUGUGGGGACCUCAGUCAUUCAAGUGACUGCCAUUGACCAGGACACUGGGAGAGAUGGUCAGGUAAGCUACAGGCUGUCAACAGACCCUGGUAGCAAUGUCCAUGAGCUCUUUGCCAUUGAUGGUGAGAAUGGCUGGAUCACCACACUCCAGGAACUUGACUGUGAGACCCACCAGACUUACCGUUUUUAUGUGGUGGCCUAUGACCAUGGCCAAACCAUCCAGCUGUCUUCUCAGGCCCUGGUUGAGGUCUCCAUUACAGAUGAGAAUGACAAUGCUCCCCAAUUUGCUUCUGAAGACUACAGAGGCUCUGUGGUUGAGAACAGUGAGCCUGGUGAACUUGUGGUCACUCUGAAGACCCUGGAUGCUGACAUCUCUGAGCAGAACAGACAGGUCACCUGCUACAUCACAGAGGGAGACCCUCUGGGCCAGUUUGGCAUCAGCCAAGUUGGGGAUGAGUGGAGGAUUUCCUCAAGGAAGACUCUGGACCGUGAGCACACAGCCAAGUACUUGCUCAGAGUCACAGCAUCGGACGGCAAAUUCCAGGCUUCCGUCAACGUGGAGGUCUUCAUCCUGGACGUCAAUGAUAAUAGCCCACAGUGCUCACAGCUUCUCUAUACCAGCAAGGUCCGUGAAGAUGUGUUCCCAGGACACUUCGUUCUGAAGUUUUCCGCCACAGACUUGGACACUGAUGCCAAUGCUCAGAUCACAUACUCUCUGCAUGGCCCCGCAGCACAUGAAUUCAAGCUGGAUCCUCAUACAGGGGAGCUGACCACACUCACAGCCCUAGACCGCGAGAGGAAGGAUGUGUACAGCCUUGUUGCCAAGGCAACGGAUGGAGGUGGCCGAUCGUGCCAGGCAGAUGUGACCCUGCACGUGGAGGAUGUGAAUGACAAUGCCCCACGAUUCUUCCCCAGCCAUUGUGCAGUGGCUGUUUUCGACAACACCACAGUGAAGACUCCCGUGGCUGUGGUGUUUGCCCGGGAUCCUGACCAAGGUGCCAAUGCCCAGGUGGUUUACUCCCUGACCGACUCAGCGGAAGGCCACUUUUCCAUCGACGCCACCACGGGCGUGAUCCGCCUGGAGAAGCCGCUGCGAGCCAGGCCCCAGGCCACGCUGGAGCUCACGGUGCGCGCCUCGGACCUGGGCACCCCGAUGCCACUGUCCACGCUGGGCACCGUCACGGUGUCGGUGGUGGGCCUGGAGGACUACCGGAUUCUCUAUGUCAACAGCAGCCUGGACUUCGAGACAGGCCCCAAGUACUUUCUGUCCAUCGAGUGCAGCCGGAAGAGCUCUUCCUCCCUCAGUGACGUGACCACAAUCGUGGUCAACAUCACAGAUGUCAACGAACACCGGCCUCACUUCCCUCAAGACCCGUACAGCACGAGGGUUCCAGAGAAUGCCGUCGUGGGCGACGUCAUCCUCACAGUGUCGGCGACUGAUGAAGAUGGACCCCUAAAUAGUGCCAUCACCUACAGCCUGGUCGGAGGGAACCAGCUGGGGCAUUUCACCAUCCACCCCCAGAAGGGGCAGCUGCAGGUGGCCAAGGCCCUGGAUUGGGAACAGACCCCCAGCUAUUCCCUGAGGCUCCGGGCCAUGGACAGCGGGCAUCCCCCACUGCAUGAGGACACAGAUGUCACUGUCCAGGUGGUCGAUGUCAAUGAUAACCCGCCGAGAUUCUUCCAGCUCAACUACAGCACCACUGCCCAGGAGAACGCCCCCCCUGGCAGCAAAGUCCUGCAGCUGAUCCUGAGUGACCCGGACUCCCCAGAGAAUGGCCCCCCCUAUUCAUUCCGGAUCACCCAGGGGAACCAGGGCUCUGCCUUCCGAGUGACCCCAGAAGGAUGGCUGGUGACCGCUGGGGGCCUGAGCAGGAGGGCCCAGGAAUGGUAUCAGCUUCAGAUAGAGGCAACAGACAGUGGCAUCCCGCCUCUCUCGUCCUCGACGUCUGUCCAGGUCCACGUCACAGAGCGGAGCCACUACGUACCCUCGGCCCUCCCACUGGAGAUCUUCAUCACUGUGGGCGAGGAGGAGUUCCAGGGUGGCAUGGUGGGCAAGAUCCAUGCCACCGACCGAGACCCUCAGGACACACUGACCUACAGCCUGGCAGGAGAUGAGGCUCUGGGCAGGCGCUUCUCUGUGGGCGCGCCCGACGGCAAGAUUGUGGCCGCCCAGGGCCUGCCUCGAGGCCGCUACUCGUUCAACGUCACGGUCAGUGAUGGGACCUUCAGCACCACUGCUGGGGUCCACGUGCACGUGUGGCACGUGGGACGGGAGGCCCUGCAGCGGGCCAUGUGGAUGGGCUUCCAGCAGCUCACCCCCGAGGAGCUGGUAAGUGACCACUGGCGGAACCUACAGAGGUUCCUCAGCCACAAGCUGGACAUCAAACGGGCUGACAUCCACCUGGCCAGCCUUCAGCCUGCAGAGGCCGUGGCUGGUGUGGACGUGCUCCUGGUCUUUGAGGGGCAUUCUGGAACCUUCCACAAGCUCCAGGAGCUGGCCUCCAUCAUCACUCGCUCGGCCAAGGAGAUGGAGCACUCCGUCGGGGUGCAGAUGCGGUCAGCUAUGCCCAUGGUGCCCUGCCAGGGGCCCAGCUGCCAGGGUCGGACCUGCCAAGACAUAGUGCACCUGGACCCCAAGGUUGGGCCUACGUACAGCACCGCCAGGCUCAGCAUCCUGACCCCGCGGCACCGCCUGCAGAGGAAUUGCUCCUGCAACGGCACAGCGGUGAGGCUCAGUGGUCAGAGCUACCUGCGGUACAGACCACCAGAGGCUGGGAAUUGGCACAUCCAUUUCUAUCUGAAAACGCUCCAGCCACAGGCCAUUCUCCUGUUCACCAACGAGACAACGUCGAUGUCCCUGAAGCUGGUCAGUGGAGUGCCCCGGCUGGAACACCACUGUCCGGGUGGUUACCAUGGAAAUCUCUCCUCCAAGCGCCACAUGAAUGACCACGAAUGGCACUCCAUCCUGGUGGAGGAGACAGACACGUUUAUUCGCCUGUCGGUCGACAGCAUGGACAAUGCCUCCCUCGCGAUCCCAGAGAACUGCCGGGGUCCCAGGCCUGAGGGACACCUCCUGCUGGGCGGCCUUGUCCUCUCGCAUCCCUCCUCAAACGUCUCCCAGGGCUUCGAGGGCUGCCUGGAUGCUGUCGUGGUCAAUGGAGAGACGCUGGAGCUGCGGGUCCCUGGUGGGAUGGUGGCAGGCAAGCUGGAGACGUGGGCCCUCGCCCAGUGUUGCAUCCACGGUGAUGACUGCAGCCAGAACCCGUGCCUCAAUGGUGGGAAGUGCUCCCGGACACCAGGGACAGGCUACGUCUGCAAGUGUCCCCCGCCAUUCUCUGGGAAACACUGCGAGCAAAGAAAGGAGAACUGCACCUCCACACCCUGCCUGGAAGGAGGAACUUGCGUCUCUUCCCCUGAAGGGGCUUCCUGUGCCUGUCCUCACCCUUACACGGGAGACAGGUGUGAGAUGGAAGCUCGGGGCUGCUCAGAAGGACACUGCCUGGUCACUCCCAAGAUCAAAAGCGGGGACUGGGGACAGCAAGAGCUGCUGAUCAUCCUGGUGGCCACUGUGCUCAUCCUCAGUAGCUCUGUCGGGGUUCUCUUCUACUGCCGCCGUUGCAAGUCUCACAAGCCUGUGGCCAUGGAGGACCCAGACCUCCUGGCCAGGAGCGUUGGUGUUGACACCCAGGUCCUGCCUGCCAUCGAGCUCAACCCGGUGAAUGCCAGCUCCUGCCACAGCCUGAAUCAGCCAGAGCCCAGCAAGCCCUCGGUUCCCAGUGAACUGGCCACAUUCGGACUCAACUCCAAGCAACGGCCAGUGGUGUGCAGUGUGCCACCCAGACUCCCGCCAACUGUGGUCCCCUCCUACCACUCUGACAGUGAACGUGUCAUCAAAAGGACCUGGUCGGGCGAGGAGAUGGUGUACCCAGGUGGAGCUGCCGUCUGGCCCCCGGCGUACUCCAGGAAGGAGUGCUGGGAGUACCCCCACUCUGAAGUGACCCAGGGCCCUCUGCCCGCCUCGCCUCACCGCCACUCAACCCCAGUCGUGAUGCCAGAGCCCGCCGGCCUCUACGGGGGCUUCCCCUUCCCCCUGGAGGUGGAGAACAAGCGGGCACCUCUCCCACCCCGCUACAGCAACCAGAACCUGGAAGAUCUGAUGCCCUCCCGGCCGCCCAGUCCCCGAGAGCGCCUGCUUGCACCCUGCCUCAAUGAGUACACAGCCAUCAGCUACUACCACUCGCAGUUCCGGCAGGGGCGGGGUCCCUGCCUGGCGGAGGGGGGCUACAAGGGGAUGAGCAUGCGCCUGAGCCGGGCUGGGCCCUCCUAUGCCGUCUGCGAGGCAGAGGGGGCACCUCUCGCGGGCCAGGGCCAGCUCCAGGCGCCCCCCAACUACGAGGGCUCCGACAUGGUGGAGAGCGACUAUGGGAGCUGUGAGGAGGUCAUGUUCUAG